AUGGUGAACAUGACACAGGACGGAGUGCAAGAAACCGAGUCCAAGCGCGUAAAAGUUUAUGUUUUGGAAGAUAACGAGUGGAAAGAUACAGGAACGGGUUUUUGCGUGGGCAAAAUAAGUGAUGUGGACGGCGACGGACCAGCGGCAAGCGUUUGCGAAGGCAAAGAGGGACAUUUAGCCGCUUAUUUGGUGGUCAACGACGAAGGAGUCCCGGAUAAGACGUUACUAUGGUCGAAACUAGAGGGCAACAUCGAAUAUCAGCGACAAGAGGAGACGUUGAUCGUGUGGAAAGACCUCUCGGGCCAGGAUAUCGCGUUGAGUUUCGAGGAAAGCACCGGGUGCGACGCCCUGUGCGAUUUCAUUAUUCAAAUCCAGAAAACCACGGAGUCGAACAUUUCGCUGAUCGCAGUGCGGUCCAAUGACGACGGCCAGGGCUCUGUACACGAAAUAAUCACAGGACCUGUAAAUUUACCCAGCAACGACCCAGAACAAGACGAUAAGUCGUUAAUGGAUGCGCUCAAAAUUCUCAACGAAAAUACUGCGUUCGAGUACUUGAGAACCGAGACCAUGGAGUUUGUACUCAAAAAUGAAUAUCUUCUUACCCUCAUCCAUGUUUUCGAGAACGCAGAGUCCAAGCACGCACUUCGCGAGCUUCUGCUGUUAAGCAAUAUUGUCAAGACCCUGACGCUUUACAACCACCGGGACGUUUUGGAGCAAAUGGUAGAUGAUGAUCAUAUUAUGGGUAUUGUUGGUAUCUUGGAAUAUGACACUGAGUUUCCAUUUAGCAAAGCCAAUCAUCGAGACUAUCUGCUGCAAUCUGGUCCACACUUUAAAGAAGUAGUCCCACUGAAAAGUGAUGACAUCAAGAACAUAAUCAAGAAGACCUACCGACUGCAGUUUGUCAAGGACGUCGUGUUGGUGCGAUUUUUGGAUGAUCAUAGCUUCAAUAUGAUCUCAGACGUGAUCUUAGAUUCACAAAACUGCAUAAUCGACUUCAUACAAACAGAGCCGUUCCUCGAAAAAGUAAUGGCCUUGUUUGAGGAUGAUACCGAACUGGAUACCAAAAGAGAUGGUAUUCGUAUGUUGCACCAAUGUGUUCAGAUUACCAAAAACUUGGAACACGCUGAAAAGUCAAGAUUUUUCAAAGCUUUAGUAAGGGCAGGCCUCUUUAAGAUUUUUGAUUUUGCAUUUGGUAUGGAAACGGAUAGUGGGAUUAGGAUUCUGGCGACAGAUAUGGUCAUUAGCAUUAUCGAGCAUGACAUUCUAUUGAUCAAUACGGUACAAAACGAGCAUCUUCAUCAGCCCAACAUGUUGGACCAAAACCAACGACAGCUUUUGGGCCCCAGUUCAACCUUAACACAAUCAGCAGCUUCAUCGGAUAUAUCACUACUGUCCAUUUUGUCGCAGAUUCUUGUAAAGGACAAAAAUAUGGGGUUGAAAGAACAAGUAGUACAAGCUUUGAACACCCUCCUUCAUCCUGAGGGUUGCUUGGGAGCCGACUCGGAUUACAAUGAGUCGGGAAACAUGGACAUUGUGAUGAGUCUGAAUGACCACCGAGGUAACGGAAGUGACUCACUAAUGGAAAACCUCGGUUUCCAUAUGAAGGAGUAUUUCAACAAUUUCUACACGCAAGUAGCACCUGUUCUUUUUGGUCCGCUGAUAGACGACUCCUAUGAAAACGCGGAUGAUGAUGUGCUUCUGAUUUACUUGGUGAAAUUGAUUAGCUUCAUUGCUACUGAGCACAAUCGUCGCAUGUCGCGAGAGUUUAUUUUAGAGAAUAACAUCCUGGCAAAUAUCAGCAAGCUUAUCGCGUCGCCGCAUAUGCUGCAACUACAGCUAACAGCAGUGAGGUGCUUGAAGGGAAUUGCUUGUCUCAACGACGAGUUUUACCACAGAUACAUGAUUACUAUGAACCUAUACCAACCUAUUUUCGAUUUGCUGCGAAAAAACCUAAAUGAGGACAACAUGGUCAAUUCGUGUCUGCUGGAUUUUUUCAGAACAGUUUCAUCACAGUGCUUGCAAGCACAGGAGCUUCAUUCAGGGGAAAGCAAGAAUUUCAUCAUUCUCAACAAACACCUCGUGGAGAAUUUCAGAAACGAUUUGAUGGCUAUCGACUACGUCCCUUUCACUCAAGAAAUGAUUAGAAUGUACGAGGCAGAUGAGGAACCAUACGGCCUGCGCAUUGUUGAGGAUAAAAAGACAACCACAGAAAAGGAUGCUAAGAGAACCUUCUCGGAGGUCUCAGAGUCACUAAGCACUUUGGCGGAUUUGAAAGAGGGUGAUGUUAAUUUGACGUUCAAAAGAGCAAUGGAAAAAAUAACGGCUGCUCCUGCGCACACUUCCAUGGAGAAAGAUCUUCUUAGCAACGGAAGCUGA